CACGUGUGGUAACGCAUUUAGUGUCAAUUCCACGGUGACAUCAUUUGUUGCUUGGUGGGGUAGCUCUACGCGGCAUCUGGAAUGUUGUAGGAUGCGCAGGCUGUUCUGGGCGGAGCAGUGAAGAUGAGCGUGACGUCAUGGUUCCUGGUGAGCAGCUCGGGCACUCGCCACCGGUUGCCACGGGAGAUGAUCUUCGUGGGCCGCGAGGACUGCGAGCUCAUGCUGCAGUCCCGCAGCGUGGACAAGCAGCAUGCGGUCAUCAACUACAACCCGGCAACCGAUGAACACCUGGUCAAGGACCUGGGCAGCCUCAAUGGGACGUUUGUGAAUGACUUGCGAAUCCCAGACCAGACCUACAUCACCCUGAAGUUGUCCGAUAUUGUGCGCUUCGGAUAUGAUUCCCAUGUGUACGUACUGGAGAGGAGCCAGCACAAAGUCCCUGAGGAGGCCCUCAAGCAUGAGAAGUACACCAGCCAGCUGCAGAUGAGCCUGAAGGCUGCAGAGAGCAAACGGCAGGAGAUCAUGGAGGAGCGCUCCAAACUGGAGAGGUCCGAACGCAAGAGUCUCACAGAGCCCCCAGUGCCUCGCCCCACCCCUCUGUACGGCCAGCCCUCGUGGUGGGGAGAGGAGGAUGCUGGGAACAUGACCCAGCACGCCGAUGGCCGCCGCCCAGACGACAGCCACCCAGACAUCCCCAAAGAGAUGCCCAUGCCUGGGGACGGUGGCAAGGUGAACGGUGCCCUCCUCCUCCCUGACUACCGAGACCUCCAGGGCGGGCCCAAGUCUAUGUCCUCCAUGUCCUUCCCAUACCACCGCGAGCCCAGCUACUUUGAGAUCCCUACCAAAGAGUUCCAGCCCGCCCCGGAGCUGAUGGAGAUCCCCACUAAGGACACAGACAGCCCCCCUCCCACGGCCACGCCCCCAGUGGUGCAAAGCCACGCCUCCUUCACCAUCGAGUUUGACGAGUGCGCCCCGGGUAAGAUCAAGAUCAAGGAUCACGUGACCAAGUUCUCGUCGCGCCCGCGCGGCGCCAAGGGACACAAGCAGGUGUCCACGCCCACGGAGGUGAUGUCGGCAGAGUGCAAGGUCGCCGAUUGGCUGGUGCACAGUGAUGUCAGCAUGAUGCGUAGAAGGCCCACCUGUGAGGACGUGUACAGCACCAAGAGUGACCUCGCCAUGAACAUCAAGACCCUCAAAGGUCAUCACCACGACGACGGCACCCAGAGCGAUUCGGAGGACCCCGUCCUGAAGGCCAAGAAGAGCAAGUCCCACCACUCUGUACGCUCCCAAGACUCCGCCCCCUCCCAUUUGUCCAUGGCCGCCUCAGAACCCGCCCCUUCCCCGUCCUCAUCCCACCACCACCACCACCACCACCAGCAUCACCACCAUCCCCUGCCCAAUCAGCUGUCUCCCCCCAAACUGACCCCGCCCUACCCAGUCCCUCCACAGCAGGCGCUGGUGUGCCUGUCCCCUCAAGAGGCUCCUCCUCCUCUCCCAUCCCCCAUCGUCUCCAUCGCCGCCCCUUCCCCCGGUCGCCCGGCGGCGGUGGCAGCACCGCCCCCCCACCACAACGAGCCACCCAGCCAGCAGGCCUUCGUCAUCGAGUUCUUCGACGACAACCCGCGCAAGAAGCGCUCGCAGUCCUUCACGGCCAACCCGGACUCCUACUCCGCGCUGCGCGCCAAGCUGGAGCGCCGCAAGGGCAGCGGGCACAGCGGAGAGCGCCCGGCCUCGGUCCACGGCUCUGUGCACCCGUCGCCGCCCCCCACCCACCAGAUCACCGUCCCCCUGAAGGGCUCCUCGGCUCACCCCCACGGCCACGGCCACGGCCAUCACGCCGCUCUCCCCCACGCCGGCACCCAGCGUUCCAGCUCCCUCAAGCGGGAGAAGACGGAGGAGGGGGGCGGGGGCAGUAGCGGUAGUCACUCGCCGUCCCCACCGGGGGCAGCGUCUCACCGGCCCGUUCACAGGCCGUUUGGCAGCGCAGGCCGCAAGUCCCGGCUGGCUCAGGAGUUUGCUGCGGAGCUCCUGCUGAAGGACGCGCCUCCUUCCCCUCCCAUGUCGGCGCCUCCAGUGAUGACCGGCGCCUGCCCCUCCCAAACCCUCCUGCCCUCCCCGGGGGAUCUCGCUGGCCCCGCUUCAGCCUCUUACCCCUCCUCACCUUCUCCCUGCGUUGGUUACACCCCACGCCCUCCCAUCUCCCCACACCCUCAAUCUCACCCUCACCCUCACUCCCCGUCCCCAGUCCCACAGGAAGUGCCCGUCUCCACUUCCUGUCUACCGUUGCCGCAGCAGCAGCAGCCAAUGGAGUCGUCUCAGCUUCCGCCGAGCAUCAGCAUCACGGAGAGCUUCAGCCUGAGCACUAGCAUUAGCCUCAGUGCUGCCACUAGCGGCAUGGACCCGCGCACCGCACGCUCCGUCAGGACGGAGGAGGAGGACAGCCUGAGCGACGCCGGCACCUACACCAUCGAGACCGAGUCCCAGGACAAGGAGGUGGAGGAGGCCAGGAGCAUGAUAGACCAGGUGUUUGGCGUGCUGGACUCCCCAGAGUACAGUGGUCCCCGGCCCAUCAUCGAGGAGGGCAAGGAGGAGCAGCCUGCCCCUGUCACCGUCACCCACAGCACUGCUGACCUGGCCUCUGCCACCGUCCAGGGUCUCAGCAUCCCCACACGCAGCCCAGACCCCACACAAAUACAGCCUCAGGGGUCCCAGAGUAGUCCCAAGUGGGUGUCCCGUUGGGCUAGUCUAGCGGACAGCUACGCAGAGCCGGGGGCGCCAGGUACAACUCCCCCUGUCGACAUGGAGAAAGACGACCGGCUUCCUCACUCCUUGAUGCUGAGCCAGAGCCUGGACGUGUCCGAGCUGGAGGGUGGGCACGGGUGCCGCACCCGUCGCCUCCUACCCCAGGUACCCCCACCCCCAGGGGUCGACAACAAGGCCGAGAGCCCCACCCCGCCCUGCGCCGUCCUCAUCCGACAUGACCCCUACCUGGAGCACGGCGAGGUGCUCCCCCCCCCGGAGCGCACCCCUCCGUCGCAGGACGAGUCGUCCCAGAGGCUCCGCGUGCAGGACGACGUGGACCCCGACAGCCUGAGCGACACCAGCCGCUCCGAGGACGGCUCCAUUCUGGAGAGGAAGAACCGGAGAGCGGCCGGCGUGGCUGCUGGCACGAUGACUUCCCCCGUGGACGGCGCUCCCUGGGGGAUGGGUCCAGAACCGCCGGCGCCGACGCCCAAGUCCACUUCCUUCUACAUCGGGUCGGACGACGGUUCGCAGGGUAGGCCUGAGCCUUCCAGAAGCCCGAUGUCGUCGCAGUCGGAGAGGGAGGCCUCUCCCCGCACUCCCCCCACCACGGUCCUGAUCCGGCACCUGAGCGGCCAUGAGCCGCGGCGCACCGUGAAGCCCAACGCCUCCGCUCCGAACCUCCAGACCCACGACCGCGACUCCGUGCCCACCAAAGACACUGCGGCUGCGGGGGCGUUGUCGUCGUCUGGGCCUUUCAUGCGCCAGGAGAGCUUCACCAAAGAGUGGCCCAGCGACGACAUCCAGGUGAAGAGGCUGCCGCACAUCUCCAGCCACCCCACGCUCAGAGACCUGGAGCGGGCAGGGGCCACCCACGAUCCCCAGGCCUUCCUCCAGGAGGCCGGCGGAGGAGGAGGAGACAGGUCCCCCCUGAGCUCCCCAGAAGACAAGCACUCCAGUCGGGGAGGCAGGAGGGGCCUCGGCCUAGGGGACGACUCCAUGUCUGGAGAGUCCGACGUGGACACGGCCAGCACCGUGAGCAUGGUGAGCAGCAAGAACGCCCCAGUGACCACGACGACGACGGCGGCGCCCAAGAAGCGAACGUCCGGCUCCGGGUCUCAGAGGACGGGGGGACAGGACGGCAAGUCUCGGCAGCCCACGGCCCGGGAGCGCCUGUCGGAGAAGCGCCGCAGCCACACCACGGCCAGCGAUGGCACCACGUCGUCCUCCUCCUCCAAGGCCGAGGCCGUGCGCCGCGUGCAGCUCCGCCGCAGCGCCGGGAACCGCGGCUCGCUGGACCUGUCCGAGGGCCAGCAGAACCAGAAUCACCACGCGCAGAGCCAGAACCACUGGGCCGACACUGGCGCGUCCUCCUCCGACCACGAGUCCAGCUCGGCCCGGGCCGCGGUGCGCAAGAGGUUGAGCGCGCCCCCGCUGAAGGACGAGGCGCCCAGCAAGACCGCCAGCAAGGUGGUGCCCCAGGUGCUGACCCGGUCCAACAGCCUGUCGGCGCCGCGGCCCACCCGGGCCUCCAUGCUGAGACGGGCCCGACUCGGAGAGGCCUCGGACAAUGAGGGAGCGGAGACGGACCGGGCCUCGCAGACCUCCGACCACGGCAAAGCUCCCUCGGACGCCAAGAAACUCUCCCGCCUCGACAUCCUGGCCAUGCCGCGGAAGCGGACCGGGUCUUUCACGGCGCCAAGUGACAAUGAGUCCACCUCUGGCAGAGCCGCUCCAUCUACCCGUGCGUCUGAACCCAGUAGCGGCUCUCGCAAGACGGCGCCGGGAGACGCCAAACAAGGGGUGGGCAAGAGUGCUGCGACCACAGCUAAACUUCCCUCCACCCGCACCCGAUCUGCCACCGCUAAGCACACCAAUGGAGCAGGGGCUCGUCGGCGUCAGAAGGGAUCGGACUACUCGUCCACGUCUGAGGAGGAGCAGGAGCUGGCGCUCGGGGGGGGCAGCUCGUCAGGCCUGGGGGGUCUGGGGGGGAGCCAGAAGCACAGACGCUCGCUGGCCUCCGCCUCCACACAGACGGCCACCGUCAAGGUCGCGGCCACGGCCACAAGGUCGCGCUCCAAGAGCAUCUCGCUGGAGCCCGAGGAGGACGAGGCCCAGAACGAGCACUUCCAGAACUGGUCCACGCACAGCGCCGAGAUCGCCAGGUUGAGUCAGGACCUGGCUAAAGAUCUGGCCAUCCUUGCCCGCGAGAUCCACGACGUGGCUGGGGACGGUGACGUGCAGAGCCCCAGCGUGGGCUCAGGCACCUCCCCAGGCUCCAUGCCCCAAACCCCCAUCUCGGCCCGCGAGGAGAGGCCAUAUGCAUCAUUGCAGGGGGUCCUGUCAUCCCAGUUGGUACAGCAUAUACCCGAGGCCAGCCUCAAUUACCAGAAAGUCCCUCCCGGCUCCCUUAGCCCCCUUGAGCCAGAUACCAAUAUGAAUGAUCAAGAGUCUAGGCGACGGCCCUGGAAUAGGGAAGAGGUGAUUCUGGACAAUCUGAUGCUGAACCCUGUGUCUCAGCUUUCACAGGCUAUUCGUGAGAACACGGAGCAACUUACAGAGAAGAUGAAGGCCAUGUUUCGGAAUAAAACAGAAGUUUGGGAGGAGAUCGAAGCAAAGAUCAACGCAGAAAAUGAAGUCCCUAUUCUAAAAACGUCCAAUAAGGAAAUUUCCUCAAUCCUGCAAGAGUUGCGGAGAGUUCAGAGACAAUUAGAAGUCAUCAACACCAUAGUAGAGCCCACUGGAAGCCCCAAGAUGGCGGCCAGUGCUGCCGCGUCUUCCUCCUCCAUGGUAUCCACACCCAAACACACCGCCAAAACCAAGAGCCAAUCACAGGCCAGGCAGACUGGCAGUCCUUACAAGACCUCCAACGCCAACGAGCGGGCCAAGAGGGGUACCCGCGGCGCAGACGAUCAGAAGUUUCACAUUUGAUUUUACGCCGCUCGUUUUUGUGUAAUGUCUCUAUGAGUAAAUGCUGUAAGUCUAUUUGAGCUAUGCUGUUUCUUAUAAUACAAAACAACGCUAACAUGUUGCACAAGCUUUGAAUUGAAGGCAGACCUGUAUGUAGAAAAAAACG